ACCCGAUUUCCGGUAGUGAGAACGGCGAGCAAGAUGGCGGACUGACUGGCUGUGGCUUUCCCCUUUUAAAAUGACGAUAUAACUGUUGUACAGAGUCACAGCAACUAUACAUAACAAAUACCUCAUAGAUUCGCCUUUUCUAAAGCCCACGGAACGGAAGUUGAGUUUGGAGCGAUGGAGUGAAGGUUGAAGACGUGAUAGAAGAUGGACGACUACUGCUAUGCUAAGAUGGCGACGUCCGCUAAAAGAGAACAUGAAAGAGAAUCAACUUCCAGCAAAUCACCAACGGAGAUAAAGACGAAAGAUGAAGACGUCCAGCAGGCGAUUUGUCAUCCAGAAGAACUUCCCCCUCAGUUAGGGGGGAGCUCCACUUUGAAGCAGGAGACUCCACAACCACCUCACAUUAAAAAGGAAGAGGAGGAACUCUGGAUCACUCAGAAAGGAGAUUGUUUUCUUGGAUUGCAGGAAGCUGAUCUCACCAAGUUGCCACUGACUGUUGUCUCUGUGAAGACUGAAGAUGAUGAAGAGAAACCACAAGUAGACAACCUCUUAGCUCCACUAUCAGAUAGUGAGGUUGAAGGUGAGGUUGAAGAAACUUUGAGCAGCGAUACAGACUGUGAAGGUGAUAUGAGGACUCACACUGACAACCAGGACUCUGAAUUCUCUAAAAAUAAGAGAGGUAAAACAUGUUUGAUUUGCUCAAUUUGUGGUAAAAGUUUUACUAAUAAGAGGUAUCUGACUCAACACAUGAUAACACACUCAGGAGAAAAAACAUUUACUUGUUCAGUGUGCGGCAAAAGCUUUUCUCAAAAGAGGAGUUUGCUUCAACACAUGGGAACACACACUGGAGAAAAAACAUUUAGUUGUUCAGUUUGUGGUAAAAGUUUUACUCGGAAGAGCCACUUGAUUCAACACAUGAGAACACACACAGGAGAAAAAACAUUUAGUUGUUCAGUUUGUGGUAGAAGCUUUUCUCGAAAGGGAACUAUGAGUCAACACGCGAGAACACACACAGGAGAAAAACCAUUUACUUGCGUAGUUUGUGGUAAAAGCUUUUCUCAAAAGAGCUGUUUGCCUCAACACAUGAGAACGCACACGGGAGAAAAACCAUUUAACUGUUCAGUAUGUGGCAAAAGCUUUACUAUGAAGACCCAUGUGACUAAUCACAUGAGAACACACACGGGUGAAAAACCAUUUAACUGUUCAGUUUGUGGUAAAACAUUUUCUCGAAACAUCCAUUUGACACACCAUACAAAAUUACACACGGGAGAGAAAUCAUUUAAGUGUUCCGUUUGUGGCAAACCCUUUUCUACUAAGAGGUAUUUGACUCAACACAUGAGAACACACACAGGUGAGAAAAUGUGUCAUUGUCCAGUUUGUGGUAAAACGUUUUGCCGAAGCAGCUAUUUGCCCGAACACAUGAAAUUACACGCGGAAGAAAAACCGUUUAACUGCUCACUCUGCGGCAGAAGCUUUUCUUUUAAGGGCUAUUGGACUAAACACAUGAAAACACACACAGAAGUGUUUCCAUUUAGUUGUUCAAUUUGUGGUGAAAGGUUCCCGCACAAUGCAGACGCAGUAAAACACACAAGAACACACAUGGUCCAGUAAACAGUCAGCUGUUCAGUUUUUGGUAUGUUGCUCAUAUGUGGUGACAUCCACCCAAACCCAGGACCUCCUCAAAAUACGUUUACUACUACUUUCACAAAUAUUUGAGGUAUUCGUAUACAUUUGGAGUAUCUGAAACUUUCCUGAAUAGUAAGAUAGAUGAUGUUUGUAGUGUUUGGUUACUCCUUUUUUAGCCGAGAGACAUCAUCACGUCUGUCUCGCUGGGGAUGAAGUGUAGUCGUCUUCAGUGAUGACUUUCCCGCCUCCAGAAUGUCUGACUUUGAUCACCAACAACAUGAAUCGAUCUGCCUGAAACUACACCCUCCAGGUCGCCUGGGGGGCCUCAUGUAUUAAAACUUGUGUGAAUUACUUACUAAUAAAUGGUGUGCGCUCAAAUCCAGAGAAGGUCAUACGUGCAACAAAAACUCAGAUGGCUUAACCCUUGUGUAAUGUUCAUAUUGUUGUUAC